AUCUGCUCAUCAUUUAUUUCCACACCGACUGUCUCACAUUAUAUUUAGAGUCAGACAUGUCGACGCACGGCUCCCCUGGCAAUGAGAAACUUCUCAAAAGACGUCCUCGUGCUUCUUCUUUGCGUCGUAUAGAGACUGACAAGGGUCAUCAUCUGACAGGCCCCUUCAUGGUCCAAACACCUUUGGGGUCUAGUACACCAGAGUCUUGUGACUCCCCUGCUUCCAGCGAUAGCUUCCGCAUGGCUAAACAGAAAGGGGGCUUCAUCGCAGACCUUCUCAGCGCUAGAUGGGUUGUAAAUCCAGUCUCGUCCUUCAAGUUGCUUAUGAUACCCGUCUUAUUGUACAUCAAUUGGGAAUUAUUGGCCCCUUACCUUGCUCCACGACUUUCCAAUCCAUUCGCCCCGCUUCUUUUUAUUUCCUACCGGAUUCCUGACUCCCCUCCCGACGACCCACUUUAUGCUAAAGGCUAUUUGGACUUGGCUUUUCUUGCAUUCCACAUAGUGUUCUACUCCUUCGUACGCCAAUUCGUUACUAUUGGCAUUUGUCACCCCAUCGCUCGCUACUUCGGCAUAAAGAAGCGAGCAAAACUUGAUAGGUUCGGUGAACAAGGUUAUGCUCUAUUGUACUUUGCGGUCAUGGGUGCAUGGGGCUACCGCAUUAUGGGUCAACUUCCGACAUGGUGGUAUCGUACUGAAUACUUUUGGAUUGAUUAUCCUCACUGGCGGAUGAAACCCGAACUCAAACGUUACUUCCUCAUGCACGCAGCUUAUUGGUGUCAGCAGCUCAUCGUACUGCUUUUACGUCUUGAGAAACCACGCAAGGACUACAAUGAACUCAUCAUACAUCACUUCGUCACCCUAUGGCUGAUUGGAUGGGGCUAUCUCAUCAAUUUGACAUUGAUCGGGCACGCGAUCUAUAUGAGUAUGGAUAUACCGGAUGCUUUCCUCGCUUUCUCCAAGUUGCUCAAUUACAUGGGAUGGCACAGACUAAAAGUGUUCUCCCUUGCAGUUUUCCUCGUCGCAUGGACUUACUUCCGGCAUUGGUUAAAUCUCGUUAUCCUUCGAUCUGUGUGGUUUGAGUUCGAUCUCAUCGACGAGAGCAAUCGUGUAUGGUCCCCUAAAACUGGUGCUUGGCUCGUUUGGUGGAUGAAAUAUCAAAUAGCCUUUCCCAUCUCACUCCUCCAGCUGCUCAAUCUUUUCUGGUACUAUCUUAUCUGGCGCAUCGUAAUAAGAUCAUUGAGGGACGUUGAGGUUACGGAUGUCCGAUCUGACGACGAGGAUGACGGUGACGAUGACGACACCAAGGACGAGAAAGAGGAUUAGCUGGAAAUUUAUUACUACUAACGUGACGACCUCUUAGGCCCCUCCACCUGUG